GUAUCGCUGUUUAUUUCCUUUUACAGAGAAGAGUCAAAGAUGUCAUAUCUCCAAUUGUAUUUGAAGCUUCAUACAGUCUCGGGGAACAUGUAAUAGAAAGAGGAAAAGAAGACAAGGAACUACCUCCUCUGAAGCCCGUUCUCCGCUGGAAGAAAGGGCAGAAGAUUGCACAAAGGAAUCAGACUGUUUUUGAGAGGAAUUGUCAAUCUGAUGACUGUGCUGCUGAUUUGAAACUUCAGGGCAAAUUGCUGCUAUCUAGUGUUGAUGACAGGACAGCCUACCUGGCUCUGGGAGCAGUGAGGAACAUCUCUCUUAACAUUUCCAUCUCUAACAUUGGAGAUGACGCCUACGACACCAAUGUUUUCUUCAACUUUUCUAGGGAGCUCUUCUUCAUCAAAAUGUGGCAGAAGGAGGAGCAGGGAAUUUCCUGUGAGUUGCUGGAGUCAGACUUUCUCAAGUGCAGCGUGGAAUUUCCUUUCAUGAGAUCAAAAUCUAGGUAUGAGUUCAGUGUAAUAUUUGACACAAGCCACUUGUCUGGACAAGAGGAAACACUAACCUUCCUUGUCACUGCCCAAAGUGGAAAUGUAGAGCGCAUGGAGUCUCUGCAUGAUAAUACUCUGACCCUAUCAGUGCCCCUGAUGCAUGAAGUGGACUCAUCUAUCAAUGGGGAAGUCUUCCCUACUUCCUUUUUCUAUGGUGAUUCUGUGGAAGCAUCCAAUUUCGUUCAGUUGGAAAGCCAUGAAUGCCGUUUCCAGUCUCUUAACUUCACGCUGCAGGUUUAUAAUGCUGGACCAAGCACUCUUCCUGGCGCUUUUCUUGAUAUUUCAUUUCCAAACCGCCUCUCUGCUACUGGAGCUGAAAUAUUUCACGUUCAGCAGAUGAUGGUUGGUCAGGACAAAGGCACCUGCACUUUUCACCAGAACCGCAACCCGUGUGUUGUUCCCCAAGAGAAUGAAAAUAUUUUCCACACUAUAUUUGCUUUUUUCACGAAGUCUGGCAGAAAAGUAUUGGACUGUGAAAGGCCAGGCAGGUCCUGCUUAAUUAUACGCUGCAACUUGAGUUCACUAGCAAAAGCAGAGUCCAGUGAAAUAAGUAUUUACACGCUGCUGAACACUGAGAUACUGAAAAAGGACAUUUCAUCGGUUAUCCAGUUUGUCACAAGGGCGAGAGUGCAGGUGGACCCUGACCUCCGGGUUGUGGAAGUUCCCAAUGGGAGUCCAGAAGAAAAGACAGUGGUCUUUGAAGCUUUACACAAUCUGGAGCCUCGUGGGUAUGUUGUUGGAUGGAUCAUAGCCAUCAGUUUGCUGGUGGGAAUUCUCAUCUUCCUGUUGCUGGCUGUGCUCUUAUGGAAGAUGGGUUUCUUCCGCCGGAGGUACAAAGAAAUUAUUGAGGCUGAAAAGAACAGAAAGGAGACUGAAGAUAGUUGGGACUGGGUCCAGAAAAAUCAGUGAACUGCCCUGGAGAAGGGAAAGCCCAGUCGUGACAUGUGCUUGCUUGCCCAAUGGUCCUGCUCUCGUAUCUUCCAUAUGUGGAAGAAGGAAUCUUCUCCAGAUUUUUCGGAGGCCCUGUUGAUGCUGUGUCUUUAUCACUCUUAACAAGCUAGGAAACAUAUCCUGAGGCAACCACUGUGGCCAUGUCAGGUGACUGGAGCUAUUUACACUUCAUUUUAGAGCUGAACUUUGAACUUCGGUAACCAAGCUGCAGUGCAGAGCAAUAUUUAUGAAUCCAACUAUGUGGUAUACCCUCAGGGGAAGACUGUUACCUAAAAAUAUUUUUUAUAAAUAUAAGCUUUUUAUAUUGACCAUGUCUUUAUAUUUGUAUCGAUGUUUUAUAGUUUCUAUUGAAUAGCUAUAUAGUUCACUCAAGCACUGAUAUCUGGCUAAAUCAUUGGGAAUACAUACAUGUGUAUAUAAAUCUUAUUGUACUUUUAAACUUCAAUGCAAGAGAGAAUAUUUGCAGUUUAAAAUAGCUGAAAACCUCAUAUGCUUAGUUCACAAUGCUUGGUAAUAUUGUAUAUAGACCAUUUAAUGGCAAUAAGCCAAAAUAUUUUCAUUGUCUCUUUUUUUUGAGUUGAAUUUGGUGUUUGAUUUAUAAACUGAAGAACCUGAAGUGUUGUACAUAUGUGAUGUUUUGUAUACGAGUCUAUCCUUCACUGACCUGAAUGGGAAGGGAUGAAAAUGCAUCCUCAGUAACAUGUAGCAAGACUUGUAGUUCACCUUGUAUUGCUGAAGAAAGCAUAACAUGUUUUCAUUUGGGAUUUUUUCUCUUGCAGUCUCUAGUAUUUUAAUAACAGUCUGGGACUGGACAAUUGAGAUACCAAAAGGGUAUAAUUUGACCAACUACCAUGGCAUUGGUAAAUUCCUUGGAAUUUAAUUUUUUUUUUAAUGGAGCCAUAUUUAAUGUUAAAAAGGAUGUUUUUAAGCUGCUGUUAAGUCGUGAGCUGUUGCUGUCAAAGCAAGUGAUUAGUUGAUGCAAGCUGUAACAAUCAUACCUGUCUUGUGAGUUUUCUACAUGAGUCGCGGUGUUUAUGUAAUAUUUUUAGGAGAGAUAAGUAGAUGGAAUCAUUAAAAUGUUGUUUGGAUCUUGAGAUUGCCUAUUUGGGUGUUCCUAGAAUAGAAUGUACAAGGGAUUUAAAUUGAAAGAGGGGAGAUUUAGGUUAGAUUUUAGAAAAAAAAUCUUUACUCAGUGUGUGGUGAAUCAAUGGAACGUGCUGUCCAGAGAAGCUGUAGAUGCCCCAUCUCUGGAGGUGUUCAAGAUCAGGUUGAAUGAAGCCCUGGGCAGUCUAAUGUAGUAGCUGGCCACCAUGCACAUUGAAGGGGAGCUCACUGAUCUUUAAGGUCCGUUCCAACCUAAGCCAUUUUAUGACUCUAUGAUUCUGUGAAUGUCAUUCUUCAUUAAGCAUUAGGAAGGAAAUUUAGUCAAGGUGCAGAUGUUACUGAAUCUCACAUUGACACUUUAUUCAUUAAUAAUUCUUUAGAAAAUUAAGUGUUGAAUUGAAAAACAUGGAAUAGUAAUUAAUUCAGCCAUGUAUCUUCAAAAAACUCCUGAGUUUCUGAAUAGAAACAGUGGGUCUUUAUGGGGCUUGGUUUUACAUUCUACUUGUACUUUGCACCUUGUGUAAAUAAGAAUUGUAAUGUUCGUAUAAAAUUAAUAUAAGGGAAAGGAUGAUGAAGCUCUAUAGUAGUAGACGAGAGAAUAACAGGAAUGAAUAGUGGCAGGAUAGGUCUUGCAUUAGAGUAAUGUAUAAGAACUGCUGGGCAUUUGGAAACAUGAAUGUAGAACACACACGAGAAGUCUGUUUGAGAACAUGCCUUAUCCUUGCUCUUCCUUGUAAAUUCAUUAUGGCUUCAUAUUUUAAAAAAUUAACCUGUUUCCUGUUUGUUCCUCCUACUCUCCCAGUGGCUUUAAGUGCCUGCUAUUACUACAGUAUUGAUCAAUGUUUGUUAAUUAAACUAUCUGCACCCAUUAGGCAGGAAAUGGUUUCUAAGCGAAUGAAGAGUAUCGAUUCAAUGGUUAAUAUAUAUAUAAACCCUCUUAGUCUAUUUGAUUAUCUUCCUUAAGAAUCAUUGUUGCUUUGAAAGAUUUGGUCUUGCAAGUGAUCAUUUAGUGAAAUAUUCUGGAAAUAAUACCUAAGUUCUUAUUAUCAUCACUCUUAGCUUCCCAGUAGUUCUGUUGACACAGUUGCUUUUGUUUCUAUAUGUAUAAUCUUCAUAAUUCUUCUCUUUUUUUGUAAUUCAAAUUCCAGCAUAGCUCUUUGCAUAGUUCCAGUUAAGACAGUGAGAUUUGACAAUGAACCAUAUCAAUGCUAAUAUUAAUAUCCUGUUGAUGCUCCUUUCCACUCCAAUAAGAAACAGAGGAAAACUCGAGCAAACCAAAGAACCCACUGAUAGUUGGUUGCAAUUCCAGAAAUCUUAUGAAAAUGUAGCAUAACUCAGGAAUUAUAGAAAACUGUUGUGCUGUGGUUCGGCUGUGGGUUUUUGUUGUUGUUGUUUUUUAAAUUAAAAAAAAACAAAAAACAAAAAACAAAUUAACUAAAUCAGUGCAAUUGUAUCAAAAUGUAUAGACCUGGUUACUUUGGAAAUCACUUCUAGGGCUCUGGAAGUUGUCAUGAGUCAGCCACUGGUUUAGUCCCUUUGCGCUGUGAUGUUCACCUUGCAGAGCUGGUGGAAGUCACUGUUUAGGUUCUCUCUAGUUAAUCCAGUUUGGGACUAAGUCAUCAUUUGUCUUGGACAACUUCAUUUAAAGGUUUGCUGAAUAGUCAUUGGUUUUGGCUUUGUUCUCUUCCUACUUUGUGCUGGCUCUAAGCUGUGCAGUGCUGGCUCUAAAGUGGAAGCUUGGAAGUGGGGCAGUGUAAUUUUCAAACAUGUGAUCUAGCACCUGAGAGAUAUUUUGUUUUAGCUCUAAAGCCAUGUGUAGGAUGUUGUCUUACCAAGAGUACUCUUGAAGUUGCUUCUAGGGCAGGAAGAGAGCAAUCUCAUAAAAAAAAAAAAUCAUCUGAAAGAAAAGAAAAAGGAACAAAAGGGCUCAUGUAUUCUGAUGCAGUCAUUGAUAUGCCAUGGUACUUGGCCAUUAUUGUUAAUAAAAGCAGAAGAUAUGUUUUUCUGAACAAACCUCAGUUUUUAAUUUACUCAAAUGCAACUAGGAAAUCACUUGCAUUAUCUGAGAGAGAAAUUGAGACUGUUGUGAACCCAAUGCCCAUUACCCAAUCCUUUCAGAGUGGGUAAACUCUUUUUUGUAAAGCCUAAACUACCAGAUAAGGACAACACUUUCUAACUUGUUGCAUGAACAUGGAGGAUCCUCCCAUCAUGUCAGUGAAGUGCAAGUAAUUUAGCUUGCUGAAAGCAACAGUUGCACGAAGAUUGUGUUUGGCAAUAUUUAGUACUGACUUUCUUGAAUGUCUUUUCUUUAUAGGCACAUUUUGGAGUCUUGCACAAGUUUCAAGCAUAAUAUCCAUGUGAUGUGGGAAUGUAUAACCUUGCUUUCUCUAAAGGAUUAACAGUGUCAUAGAACUGAUUUCUAUGCGUGUCCAAAUCUGUGCAGAUGCUACAGUUUCUUGAAUAUAAAUAAAAGUGGGAUUUGGUUCACUUGCUGUACAUUGAUUAAACUGGGGUGAAGACUGUAAUGACUUUUGGAGUGUGGUCUGCAUACGCAGUGGGGUACCCAUAUCAUUGUCACUCCUUUUUCUUAGAAUGUCACUCCUUAUAUAUUGUAAAAUUCUAUGGUUCUUUUUUUUUUUUUUUGAGAAAUUGUGGUUGGAAGAAUGUGUUCACUCUUACUGAUGUCACCUGUAUUUAGAAGCUCGUGAUCACCUGUAUUCUAAUUCACUUGCACUGUUUUGGAAAUGUCAGGUUUACAAAAAUACAACUUUUUGGAAUAAAAAGUGGCUGCAAAAUUA